GCUAGGUGUUCCACAGGCGUUUUCGUCAGGAUCGAAAGGACAUUUCGAGGUGCAAGGGCACAUUGCCGAGGGAUUACCGGUGACCCCAGGACCAUCAAAAAGUCAUGAACGUCGCCCGUGCUCUCACCACGCUGGCUCGUCGCGCACCGACAACCUCCGUCGUGCCCAAAAGAAACUACACUCCCCUGGAGAGAAUCAAGGAGCUCCAGAAGCAAUUCACGGCGGACGACGGUGUUCCGGUGCACCUGAAGGGAGGCAAGCUGGACGUGUUCCUCUACCAGUUCACCAUGGCGUGCUGCGCAGUGGGCCUGGGCUGGACCUUCUACAACACCUACAUGAUGAUUUACUACCCGAAGGAGCUCGCCCGCAAAUAGGCUACGGCCAGGACUCGACGUAGGCUGUACAUUAGGGGCACUUAAUAAAUCUAUACACCGGGAA